AUGUCAAUAUUUGGUCCCGAAUUUGAACAGAUUUGGCCUAAAGCCGGUUCUGCCUUAAAAUUAACUGAAUUCGGCAAGAAGCUGUUGAAACAAUGUGAAAAUAUCAAGAAACCUGAAAAGACAGACGUGGAUAUUGAGGCCUUUAUGAAGAAAUCUUCGGAAUUUCCCUUGGAGUUCGGCUCCAACAACUGUCGGGUUAUGAGGCAACCCAAGGACCGCCAUCCCAUCAUUCAGAAACAAAUUUCAUCAGCAUAUCCAGUAAUACAUGAGAGAGUAUUGCAGUUGUAUUUGGAUUUCUUGGAAUAUAAAUGUUUAUAUGGAAAUUCAAUUGAAAAGGGAAUUUAUCAAAAUCUAAGUUUAAACGCAUUCGUGCAACGAUUAUUACAAAAACGUUGCGCUAGUUUCUUUGGCCGAAAUGAUAAAUUCUUACUCUUGACACGUCAUCGAGGUUGUGGUGGUUUCAAAGAUGUGGGAACCACACCCGAAAAAUAUCCAUUAACAUUAGAAAAUGUCUUGAGUUACGAUGAAAUGAAGCUUUCAGCACUGCUAUCUGUCUCAUCCUAUUCGGAAUUGAUUAACAAUGGUAAUCGUCAAAAUUGUGGAGUUAUUGAAAAGAACAAAUUGGCCAUAGAACAAGAGGGUAUAGUUGUGGGUUUAAUUGGUGCACGACUAAAUCAGCCAAUGGUUAUGGAAUUUCAGGAUAUAAUUAUAACAAAAACACAAAAUAGUCCAGUAAACGGUUAUGGCGACUCUAAACAUGAUAAACCCAAGGCCAAAUAUCGUAAAAUAUGGCAAAAGUUCUAUGAGGAAUCGGAUUUGCUAUUCGAUUCCGUGAAAAUCGAUAACCGUCGAUUUGGACCAACUAAAACUCCAAAUGAUAUUUUUGACAAUCUAUUAAUGAAGAAACGCUAUACGAUAUCAUUUGACACAUUGUUAUUGGAGAGCAAUGAGCGUGCCAAAAAUGCCGGUCAACAGGCGUAUAUACAUGUUGUUGGCAUUGGUCUGGGUGUUUGGAACGUUGCCGAGCAGCAGGAGAAAAUAUUUCUGGAAACAUUCACUCAACGUCUAAAAUAUUUGUUACCCAAACUUCAGUAUAUUGAUGUGGUACAUUUCUCCUGGUUCCAACUGAACACAUGGGGAGAACUGGGAAAUGGCAAAGUGUUCAAAUCCGAAACUCAUCCCUCAGGUGGUAUAACGUGUUACCUAUCGAAACGGAAUCCGGCAGAUAGACUGAAAAUAAACGACAACAAAGCCAGACUGUUGAUAAUUUCAUAUGCUUGGGAUGGUAAUGCCUUGCCGGGAAAUGAAUUUUGGAUGAAAAUGUUAAAAUCCACUGGAGACUCUUCUACUGCCUGUAGUACAUUAAUAACGGAACUUCACAAUCCCCACAUCAAUAAGGAAUGGGUGAAUGGUGAUAAUUUACACAUUGCCAGCGAGAAUUACGGUGUCAUACACAUUAGAGAUUAUGUGAAAAAUAUAAAACCCGAUUGAAAUA